CGUGUUUACUAUAAUUUCCGAAGUAAUAGAAAUGCGACUUACUUAGACGUCAUGGCAGUGAGCAGUAAGAAACUUACCAUGGAGGAGGCUUCGGUUACUGGGACCGGUAGAUGACGUCUGUGCCCCGGGAGACCAGCACUGAGUGUUGCAGCAGUACGCAUUGCUGACAUGCAGCCUGGGGAUAUAUCACAAGUGUCUUUUAGCAGCCCUUUUAGUCAAGAGACAUGGGCCAGCAAAGUCAAACAACCUCCGAAAGUCAGGAUCCCUCCAGCUACCUCUGUGAAACCUGUAUGUUCUUCACCUAGCAUUGCUAAGGAUGCAAAAUCACAAGGCUGGAAUAAGACGUUGCCAUCUCCUUAUUUAGCUACUGGAACAGAGGCAGAGGAAGUGGUUGCAAAGAAAAAGAGGAAGAAAAAGAAGAAAAAUAAACAGAGUCCAAACAAUGAACAUCCUGAAAAUGAAAAGUUUGCAAAUGAGAACAUUGUUGUACAGGAACCCCCAAAGUUUCAAGAUGAUGAGGAAUUCCCUGACUUGAUGUCCUCUACUGGUGUUGCUGAAAGAGGUUUAAGACCUGAAAAUAGAAGUUUUUCUGGUUACAGUCGGGGACCUCGAGAGACAUUGGAGUCAUCAAAGACAAAAGGCAGUGGCAGGAAGAGCAAAACUCCUGUACAGCUGGAUUUAGGAGGCAUGCUGGCAGCACUUGAGCAUAAACAACACAUAGAUAAAACCAAACCAUCUACUAAGCCAGUCGUCUUGUCCGUUGGUGGUGGUGUUCCUGUGCUGUCCAGAGAGCCCAACAAUAUAUCUAAGAUCCCUCAGGCAAAGCAAGGCCAAGCACCACACAAUCCUCUUGAUUCUAGUGCUCCUCUGGUCAAGAAAGGAAAGCAGCGAGAGGUGCCCAAAGCCAAAAAACCAACUUCCCUCAAAAAGAUUAUUUUGAAAGAAAGAGAACAGAAGAAACAGCAGCAGUCUUCUGUGUCCCAGGAUGCAUCCCAGAAAGAGGAGGAUGCUCAUUUAGAUGAUGAUGAAGAGGGAGCAGUGGAGUGCCAGGAUGUGUCUGAAGAGCCUUUUGGUUCUCCAAGCCCAGAAGAUAUAGAGAUGGAAAUGGAACCAAAUGUUGAUUGCUCUGCUUCCACAAGUGAAUCUUCAAUAAACCUUUCUGAUACUGCCAGUGUUUCUAUUCAUCAACCGACAACCAACCUCCCAAAAAUUCACAGCAGAAGAUUUAGAGAGUAUUGUAGCCAGGUUCUUAGUAAAGAAGUGGACAGUUGUGUGACAGAGCUUCUUAAGGAACUUGUGCGCUUUCAGGAUCGCUUGUACCUUAAAGAUCCAGUAAAAGCAAAGACAAAAAGGCGUCUUGUGAUGGGAUUACGUGAGGUGUUGAAGCAUCUGAAACUGAAGAAAUUAAAGUGCAUAAUCAUUUCUCCCAACUGUGAAAAGAUCCAGUCUAAAGGUGGGUUGGAUGACACUCUGCAGACAAUUAUUAGCUGUGCCAUUGAACAGAAUGUCCCUUUUGUGUUUGCACUCAAUCGCAAAGCUCUGGGCCGUUGUGUGAACAAAGCUGUCCCUGUUAGUGUGGUCGGGAUAUUCAGCUAUGAUGGAGCCCAGGAUCACUUCCAUAAAUUAAAUGAACUUACAAUGCAAGCUAGACAAGCAUAUAACGACAUGAUUUGCUCAUUACAAGAGCAGCAGAAGGAAGAUACUGAAGAUGGAGAUGAGGUGGAAAGUGUCUUAGAAAACAAUCAGCACAAACCUGUAGAAGUGAAUGCAGAGUCUACAGCAGAUGAGGCAGAAGAGCCAAACUACAUUAAAGUGUGGAAGAGGAUGCUAGAAGAGCAAUACACUCCUUACACUCCUUACACCCUGAGCCUUGAGGAAACUGUCUCCAAUGACCUGUUUAAUUUCCAUUUAUCAUGACUUCAGCUACAUAAUCUUUCCACUAAAAAAAAAUAAAAAAACAUUUUUGUUGCAGGUAAAAAAUAGCUGUCACAGUGGAGGAGCAUCGGGGUGCAUUUCUAACAUUUUACCCCCCGAAUAUGGGUGUAACAUGCAACAAUUUAUGAAAGGCGAACGUAUUCAUUAAAGCCACUAUGUUAAGUGGCUCCAGAACUUUUUAGUGGUAGAUACAGGACUGAUAUAGCUGGAUGGGUAAAUGUAAUUGUGUCCCUUCACUAGGGCAUCUAAAGGGAGUUAUAUUACAUUACAUCAUUAAACAUUUCUGACUAUACAUUA